UUUUUUUUUUUUGCUAAAAUGGCGGAGGAGCAUUUAAAAACAUUCCGAGCAGCCAACUUUGAAUUCGACAAACAGAACUUCAAACGGGCAGAGGAGCUUUACAACAUAUUUAUUCCAGCCUGUGCACAAUCCAGGGAAUGUGACGCCGCUUAUUUGGCGACUGCUUACAACAACCGUGGACAAAUUAAAUACUUUAGAGUGGACUUUAACGAAGCUAUGGAGGAUUACACCGCAGCGAUACAGGCUGACGGACAGUUUGAAGUACCCUUCUACAACAGAGGACUAAUACACUAUAGAUUAGGUUUCUUUGACAACGCCAUUCGGGACUUCCAGCAAGCUUUAAAGCUCAAAGAAGAUUUCGAAGAUGCCAAAGUUGGUCUUCAACGCACGCUCCUGGACCAACGGGACAAAAUAAAACGAGGAUAUUGACAACUGUGUGCGAAACUGCAGUCUAAAUGUAUCUGGCUGGGGAAUUUGUAAACUCACACGCUGCUUGUGUAGGUAAACACAUCCGUCAUCGUAAUAGGCAGGAGACUAUCCCAGUCGAUCACAGAGCACCUAUAAAGACAAACACAAUUCUAGAACAUUUAUAUCAGGGGUGUCAAACUCAUUUUUAAUCUACCGGACUGGCAAAAACACGACACAAUUACUUAAAAAUAAAGACAACUUCAAAUUGUAUUUUUUUGUUUGUUAAAAAUAAAACAAGCACAAUCUAAUAAUGUACAAAUUAUAAUGUUGUUCUUUUUUUUUACAUUUACUGUCCUUCUGAAUAAAUGAUGUGAUAAUGUUCAUCA